UUGGAGGAGUGUGCUCUGCAGAUGGCCCCCAAUGGGAACUACCUGGACCUGGACCUGUCUCUGGGGGAACAGAAAGAUGAUGUGGAACAGCUCUAUGACGACGUGGGUAGAGGGAAGAAGCCCAUCCUGAUCCUGAGAACUCAGCUAUCUGUCAGAGUCCACUCCAUUCUAGAGAAGCUGUACAACUCUCAUGGACCUGAGCUCCGGAGGUCCCUGUUCUCCCUCAAGCAGCUCUUUGAGGACGAUAAAGACCUGGUGCCAGAGUUUGUGAAUUCAGAAGGCUUGACGUGUUUCAUCAAGGUUGGAACGGAGGCAGACCACAACUAUCAGAACUACAUUCUCCGAGCCCUCAGUCAGAUCAUGCUGUUUGUAGAUGGGAUGAACGGUGUGAUCGACCACAAUGACACUGUUCAGUGGCUCUACACUCUCAGUGGCAGUCUGUCUCGUCUGGUGGUGAAGACCGCUCUGAAGCUCCUGAUAGUGUUUGUAGAGUACACAGAGUUGAACAGUCCUCUACUUAUCCAGGCUGUCAACACUGUGGAUGGCAAGAGAGGUGUGAAGCCGUGGUCAUACCUGACAGAGAUCCUGGAGGAGAAGAACGGAUCAGACACCGAGCUGUUCAUCUUAACCAUGAACCUCAUCAACAAGACCCUUGCAGCCCUCCCGGACCAGGAUUCGUUCUACGACGUGACCGAUUGUCUGGAACAGCAGGGGAUGGAACACAUUAUGCACAAACACAUGAGCAGCAAGGUCACUGAGCCAGACCUGAAACAGCAGUUCACCAUAUACGAGAGGGCUCUGAGGCACGAGGACGGAGAGAUGGAUGCUUCUCCUCACGUUAGGAAGGAGAGGAGGAAGGUGACAGCCAGCGAACAGGAGGGCAGGAGGAUCAGGAGAUCCUCAGCUCAGAACCUCCCCGACAUCCUCUCCUCCUCCCCUACCACAUCCAACACUAUCUCUCUCUCCGCCUCGUCCUCCACUUCUCUCUCCCCUUCCACCCCCUCUCCUUUCUCUCCCUCCUCCUCCACUCUCUCCCCUUCCACCUCCUCCCCUUUCUCUCCCUCCUCCUCUCGUAGCGCCUCACCCCUCACCCCAACCUCCAGCCCAUCAGACUCUGGUUCUCAGAGGUCCUCUCCUCUACCGCCCCCCGAGGUGACCAACGGUACUGCAGCCCCCCUGUCUCCCACCGAGCAGGAGCCCAAGACAACGUCUAACCUGGGGCGAUCAUUCCUCAGUCACCACAUGUCUGCCUUGGGGAUCAGUAGGAGGUCACGGCUCUUUAACAAGGCUGGUUCCAUCUCUGAGGAACCUGCUCCUUCUGCCUCUCGAGCCGCAAGCAGCCCGUCUCCUACUGACUUGGCUGGCCCUGAGAAGCAACGGCAGCCCCAGACGGUCCCGGAGCAACACGGGAACAAGACCGAGAGGAACACCUUCAGCUCUGAGCAGGCCAGCCACAGUGCCGUUUGCCCAGAGGACUGUACUGUUGAUAUGGACAAGCCCGUCCUCAGGAAGUUUCAAGGCACCUUCCUCCGCAACCUGGUCGCCACCCAGUGGGAGAAGACGAGCAGGAGCCAACACGAGAAGCUCCAGGAUAGGCUGUCCCAGGAUGACCCCAUAGUCACGUCCCCCAGGGCAGAGGAGGAGACCUCCUUACCUGCAGACAGCAGCCCCAGUACACCCACUGAAGCCCCGUUCCAGGCCAGCGGUGCAGAAACAGGGCCCCAGCCAGAGCUCCACGCAGGGGGGCAGGUCUCAGGAGAGACUGGCCCCAUCCAGAGAACGCUGGAGCAGCCUGACCCAGCAGACACCCAGGCGACCCAUAAUGAUCCAGGUGUCAGUGUCCAACAGAAAAACCUCUCCAACGAGAAGAAGUUCAUGCUGAACAUGCUCUACGCCAAUAACUCCUCGGGGUCUUCAGGGGAGCGGCCGUCAGGCACCAACCUCGACCCCGAGGAGAGCCUCUCCGGAGAGCCAGAGGACCACAGAGGGCUGGGCAGGGCUGGUGGCAGUGUGAAGGAACGUCUAUCUAGCCUCAAGGCCCAGCAGGCCCAGCCUCUACCCAGCGAGGACAGCAGUUCCAGGAGGGCAGAGCUGCAGGGUCUGGGUGGCAGUGCCCAGGCGGCGCGGGCCAGGCUGGCAGAGGAGCAGCAGCACAGGCGUCUCCGGCCACAGUACAGCAUCGACGCAGAGACCCACUCCCGAAACCUGGAGAAAACCCAGAUGACCCCACUGGCCAGGGACAGACAGACGGACGCCUGGGACCAACUCCAACCCAGCUCCAAAGCCCUGAAGAUUAAAGACCUGGACUUCUCCGACCUCAUGGAGGAGGAGGAUAUAGAUGUUCUGGACGUGGACGUCUUCGACGUGGGUGUUGGUCGGCCCGGUGGUGGUGGUGGCAUCCCACCUCCUCCUCCACCUAUUCCUGGACUAGCCUCCGCUCCUCCUCCUCCUCCCCCUGGGGCUCCGUUUAUGAGUAUCCCUCCUCCACCGCCUCCCCCACUGGGUGGAGGUCUCUGCUCCCCUCCUCCACCACCUCCUCCUGGAGCUCCUCCUCCUCCUCCUCCUCCUCCUCCUGGAGCUCCCCCUUCCUCCUCCUCCUCCUCCCAGACUCCAGACCCGGCCUUUGCCAAGAAGAGGAAGACGGUCAAGUUGUUCUGGAAGGAACUCAAACAGUCAGACAGUCCCAGGAAGUGUAAAUUCGGACGCGGGACGGUGUGGGCGUCGCUGGAUAAGGUCACCGUGGAUACGGCCAAGCUGGAACACCUGUUUGAGUCCAAGGCCAAGGAGCUACCCGUGGCUCUGAAGAAAGGAUCAGAAGUGAAGAAAGCAGAGAUUCUGGUGUUGGACUCUAAGAGGAGUAACAGCAUCAACAUCGGCAUGACCGUACUACCAGCUGUCCACGUCAUCAAGACCGCCAUCCUCAACUUUGACGAGUUUGCCAUCAACAAGGAGGGCAUCGAGAAAAUCCUGACGAUGACUCCUUCGGAGGAGGAGAAACAGAAGAUCCAGGAGGCUCAGCUGGCCAACCCGGACGUCCCCCUGGGCUCAGCAGAACAGUUCCUUCUCACCCUGUCCUCCAUCAGUGGCCUCAGCGCCCGACUACAGCUCUGGGCCUUCAAACUCAACUAUGAAACCCUGGAGAAGGAGAUAGCUGAGCCUCUCUUCGACCUGAAACUAGGCAUGGAGCAGCUCGCCAAAAACAAAACCUUUAAGCGCAUCCUAGCAACGCUUUUGGCCAUUGGAAACUUCCUCAACAGUACCAGUGCUAAAGGUUUUGAGCUGAACUACUUGGAGAAGGUAACUGAGGUGAAGGAUACGGUCCACAGACAGUCUCUGCUUCACCACACCUGUAACUUCCUGGUGGACAACUACACCGACACCUCAGACGUGUACUCUGAGAUCCCCUCCAUCACACGCUCUGCUAGAGUGGAGUUUGAGCAGCUGUCAGAUAGCCUGGUUCAGCUGGAGAGGAAGUGUAAGACAUCGUGGGACAAUCUAAAGGUGAUGUCUAAACACGAGACCAAGGCCCUCCUGAAGAACAGGUUGACAGAGUUCCUUAAAGACUGUACAGAGAGGAUCAUUAUCCUGAAAGUGGUUCACAGACGCAUCAUCAACAGGUUCCAUUCCUUCCUGCUGUACCUAGGUCAGCCAUCCUACUCUGUUCGGGACACUAAGGUGACCCACUUCUGUAAGAUUAUCAGUGAGUUUUCUCUGGAGUACCGGACCACCAGGGAGAGGGUCCUGACCCAGAAACACAAGCGGGCUACCCACAGAGAACGCACCAAGACCAGGGGAAAGAUGAUCACUGAGACAGAGAAGUUCUCGGGGGUGGUGUCUCCCCAGUCCCAGGACAGCCCCUCCCUUGUCUCCAGGCCUACAUAUCCAGAUCCAGAUCCAGCCCAGGAGGAGCAUGACAACAUGAAGAACAUGCUGAACACCUCCAGCGGUACCGACCACCAGGGAACCUGCGCCGCAACCGGGGCUACCGCAGUCUAGGCCCAGUUAGUCCAUCCCAGAUGUCUGUAGCCAAAGAGGACAGUGCUAGCUCCCAGGAUGAUGCUACGGAUGAGAUCAUGGAUCGGCUAGUCAAGUCUGUUACCAGGAGCCCCUCAGAGAGGCCGUCCAGCCCCAAGACACGCAAACGCUCCCGCCUCAACAGGAAGUCGUUGAGGAGGACACUGAAGAGCGGACUAAGUGUUGACGUGGUUCAGGCUCUGGGACUCAGCAACAAGACUGGAGACCAGCUCUGAACACACAGAGAGACCUACACAGACUGGAGACCAGCUCUGAACACACAGAGAGACCUACACAGACUGGAGACCAGCUCUGAACACACAGAGAGACCUA